UCGGGCCCGCAUGUGGAAGUCACAAGCCCUCCUUGUGCCCUUCUGUGUCUUCAGCUAGGAGCUGCCAGGGUCAGGAGCUGGAUGAAUGGGCACCGCGGAGAUCACUGCAUUCUCCUCCCAGCUGGCACUGGCCCAGAAGCCUGGUUGGUCGAUCACAAGACCUCCUUCCCAGACUGCCUGCCGGCCGCUGCAUCUCAGGCCUGACCACAAACCACUGUGGACACGAGCGGCCUCUUUAUCCCAGGAAGAAGCACACUGCCAAGUUGACACUGGAAGCCACAGCCGCCGUCGAGUGAGGGAGGAGGCAUGAGGCCCUAGCACCCAGGUGGGCAGGUGGUCCAGCAUGGCGGCCCAGCGGAUCCGGGCGGCCAACUCCAGCGGCCUCCCCCGCUGCAAGUCAGAGGGGACCCUCAUCGACCUGAGCGAGGGGUUUUCUGAGACGAGCUUUAAUGAUGUCAAAGUGCCUUCUCCCAGUGCCUUGCUAGUGGACAACCCCACACCCUUUGGGAACGCCAAGGAAGUGGUCGCCAUCAAGGACUACUGCCCGACCAACUUUACCACCCUGAAGUUCUCCAAGGGCGACCACCUCUACGUGCUGGAUGCGUCUGGUGGUGACUGGUGGUACGCGCACAACACCACCGAGAUGGGCUACAUCCCCUCCUCCUACGUGCAGCCUGUGAGCGCCCGGAACUCCACACUGAGUGACAGCGGCAUGAUUGACAACCUCCCAGACAGUCCGGACGAAGUGGCCAAGGAGCUGGACCUGCUCGGGGGGUGGACAGAUGACCAGAAGGAAUCGGGCAGAGCCUACAGUAACAACCCUUUCUGGAACGGGGUCCAAAAGAACCCAUUUCUGAACGGGAAUGGGCCAUUGGUAGCCGGCUUGGAUGAACUGAACCCCAAAAGUACUGUGGAUUUGCUGCUUUUUGAUACUGGCACAUCCUCAUUCACCGAAUCCAGCUCGGCAACCACCAACAGCACCGGCAACAUCUUUGAUGAACUGCCGGCCACGGACGGACUCCACGCAGAGCAGCCAGUUAAGCGAGACAACCCCUUUUUCAGGAGCAAGCGCUCCUACAGCCUGUCGGAACUCUCUGUCCUGCAAGCCAAGUCGGACACACCUGCGGCAUCCAGUUUUUUCACAGGCUUGAAGUCUCCUGCCCCCGAGCAGUUUCAGAGCCGGGAGGAUUUUCGAACUGCGUGGCUGAACCACCGGAAGCUGGCCCGGUCUUGCCACGACCUGGACCUCCUAGGUCAAAGCCCUGGCUGGGGCCAGACUCAGGCCGUGGAGACAAACAUUGUGUGCAAGCUGGACAGUUCCGGGGGUGCUGUGCAGCUGCCCGACACCAACAUCAGCAUUCAUGUGCCCGAGGGCCACGUCGCCCCUGGGGAGACGCAGCAGAUCUCCAUGAAGGCCCUGCUGGAUGCCCCGCUGGAGCUCAACAGCGACAAGUCCAGCAGCAUCAGCCCCGUGCUGGAGGUCAAGCUCAGCAACCUGGAGGUGAACACCUUCCUCAUCCUGGAGAUGAAGGUGUCCGCCGCGGUGAAGAGUGACGCACUCAGCAGAAGCACAGUGGCCCUGCAGUGUCUGCGGGGCGACUCCAAGGAGGGGCCUUACGUGUCCGUCCCCCUCACCUACAGCUACGGGGACACGGUCCAGGUGCAGCUGGACAACUUGGAGCCCUGCAUGUACCUGGCCAUUGUUGCCCAUGGGCCCAACAUUCUCUACCCUUCCACUGUGUGGGACUUCAUCAGUAAACAGGUCACCGUGGGGCUCUACGGCCCUAAACACAUCCACCCGUCCUUCAAGACAGUGGUGACCAUCUUUGGGCAUGACUGCGCCCCCAAGACCCUGCUGGUCAGUGAGGUCACCCGCCAGGCCCCCAGCCCUGCCCCCGUGGCGCUGCAGCUGUGGGGGAAGCACCAGUUCGUGCUGGCCCGGCCCCAGGACCUCAAAGUCUGCAUGUUCUCCAACAUGACCAACUACGAGGUCAAGGCCGGCGAGCAGGCCAAGGUGGUGCGAGGCUUCCAGAUGAAGCUGGGCAAGGUGUGCCGCCUGAUCUUCCCCAUCGCCUCGCACAGCCCUGGUGAGCUGUCCGACUUCACGCUGAGGGUGCAGGUCAAAGAUGACCAGGAGGCCAUCCUCACCCAGUUUUGCGUGCAGACGCCACAGCCGCCCCCCAAAAGUGCCAUCAAGCCCUCCGGGCAGAGGAGGUUUCUUAAAAAGAAUGAGGUGGGCAAGAUCAUCCUGUCCCCCUUCGCCGCUGCCACCAAGUAUCCCACGUUCCAGGACCGCCCGGUGUCCAGCCUCAAGUUCGGCAAGUUGCUGAAGACGGUGGUUCGGCAGAACAAGAACCAGUACCUGCUGGAGUACAAGAAGGGCGACGUGGUGGCGCUGCUCAGCGAGGAGCGCAUCCGGCUGCGGGGCCAGCUGUGGACCAAGGAGUGGUACAUCGGCUACUGCCAGGGCAAGGUGGGCCUGGUGCACGCCAAGAACGUGCUGGUGGUUGGCAAGGCCCGGCCCAGCCUGUGCCCGGGGCCCGAGCUGAGCACGUCAGUGCUGCUGGAGCAGAUGCUGAGGCCCUGCAAGUUCCUCACCUACAUUUAUGCCUCGGUGCGCACACUGCUCAUGGAGAACGUGAGCAGCUGGCGCGCCUUCGCCGACGCCCUGGGUUAUGGUGGCCUGCCACUCGCCUCCUUCUGCCGGGCCGAGCCGGACAGCGAGCCGGAGCGGGUGGCGUCCGUGCUGGAGAAGCUGAAGGAGGACUGUAACAACCCCGACAACAAGGACCGCAAGUCCUUCCAGAAGGAGCUCGUGAUGGCCUUGCUGAAGAUGGACUGCCAGGGCUUGGUGGUCAGGCUCGUCCAGGACUUUGUGCUCUUGACCACAGCUGUGGAGGUGGCACAGCGCUGGCGGGAGCUGGCCGAGAAGCUGGCCAAGGUCUCCAAGCAACAGAUGGAUGCGUACGAGUCCCCCCACCGGGACAGGAAUGGGGUGGUGGACAGUGAGGCCAUGUGGAAACCUGCCUAUGACUUCUUACUCACCUGGAGCCACCAGGUCGGCGACAGCUACCGGGACGUCAUCCAGGAGCUGCACAUCGGCCUGGACAAGAUGAAGAGCCCCAUCACCAAGCGCUGGAAGCACCUCACAGGCACUCUGAUCCUCGUCAACUCGCUGGACACCCUGCGGGCGGCCGCCUUCAGCCCCGUGGACCACGCCGACUUUGUGAUCUGAACUCGUGCCCUGUCCCGCCACGCCUGGAUCACGAGUCCUGGGCCAGGGUUCUGCACAGCCCUUGACAGGCAGGUGAUGCCGGCCGCCUGGGACGGAGACGCGGGCUGUUCCCUGUCCAGCCGGCCUCUCCACUGCAGGUCGUUGCCAAUCGAAGAGCUUUCUAUUUGUUGAAGUGUACAUUUAAACUUAAGAUCACUCUUUUGUAACAGACUGGGGAGGGGACAUGUGAAAUGUGGUAUCUAAUUUUAUAAUGGACCAGGAAGGUUAAAAAAACAAACGUGGUAGGUGAGAUCCCAUUGUGUUUCUAUGUUGUUGGGAGACCUUUUUAAAUUAUGUGACAGAUGUACAUAGGUAUUUAAGGGCCCCGGGGCUCUGACUCAGCCACCCUGUCACCCCCCUCCUAAGUGUGCACAGGUAGAUCGCGUGGCAGAGCUGCGGUGGUGGGUGGGCAGUCACUCGCUCCCUCCCCGAAAGGCCCCGCCCCCUCCCUCCCCUUCUUUUUCUUACCUUCCUCCCUUCACCUCCUGCGGACUCCCUGCCCAUGCACACAAUGUAGAAGCUGCUGUGAGAUCUGUGGGCCGCUAAGUCCGCAGGGUGGUGCCGGGUGUAGGUGAGCUAUCUCUGCCUCACUGUGUGUCCGUGCAGAGUGCAGAGCUGGGAACUCUUGGCCGCCGGUGGGGUCUCCACCCCCACCCCGCAGACCGGAAGCCACCAGGCUCCCCGCCCACGCGGAGCCCUUCCCAAGCUCUGGGUCCAUCUCAUCUCAGAUGUACACCUUCCCCUCCUGGUGCUCCCAGAGCCCCGCAGACGUGAGCAGCAGAAGGGAGACCACAUUCUGCACGGAAAAGCAGCUCCUCGGAGCAGGUCGAGCGCCUUGUGCAGAGGCGUGUGGGGUUACCUUAGUAACCUCCCAUUUGGGGCUCAGCUUGGAUCUGCUGUGCUGACCCCAUCACUGGUGCCCGGCAGGUCCGCACAGUAGCGACCUUGGGAAUGGGCUGGUCUGCAGGGCUGUUGGGUCCUUGGGGAUGCCCGAAUCUCUUAACCUGCUCCUUGGAAAUAUUAAUUACGUAGGCUAAUCAAUGUAUAAUCCCUCCUUGGGCUGAAGCAUUGUUCUGUAGCUGCUGAUUAAGACACUGAAGAGCAGCCCACGAAAACAGCCCUACACAACUUAUGCUGUGAGAGGAGAACCGAGUCACCCAUCCCCGUCAUCACACAAAAGUGCCACUCCACUCCUCCAUCUGGCCCAGAGACGUCCCUCCCCUUCUCCCCAAAGAAGAAACGAAACCAGUUGCACCUUAAACCAUGGGUAUUUUUCCUCAGGGGCUUUAAAUAGUUUUCCUAUGCAACAUGUCUUGUAGCACAAAUUAAAUUCUACAAAAGUUGCAGUAAAUUUUAUCUGGAUAUUGUAACCUGUCAGGUGUGUGUGUGUGUGUGUGUGUGUGUGUGUGUGUGUGUGUGUCCUUCUGUGCCCACACUGUGAAUAAAACAAGAAAAUCUAGUGGAAGCCCGGCCAGUGGCAGUGCGACCGCAGGCGCGGUGAGCAGCUGCUUCCUUGCUGCUUGCUGCUGCUGUUACUGCGCUCGGGACACAGGUGACACUGUCAUUCGCUAGGCAGAGGCGGCCAGCGCCGCACAGAGCAGGCCCAGGGAAGCCUCAUGUACCUGAACUCGGUGACCCUAGCCCACCGGCAGGGCUUUAGAAACAACUGCGUUGUUUCCGUGUGCACUACGUGUUUCAGGAAGUAGCAGAGGCCCUGCCUGGGAACGCCACACUGCUGGGAGACAACAAUGGGGUACAGGAGCUGCCCCAGCCCAGCUGCAGGGAGGGAUGGGGCUCAAGGAAAGCCCACUUGAGAAAGUGUCCUUAUCCAAGGCCCAGAGGCUGAACAGGGAGCAGCAGAGACCAAAGGCAGGUGUGAGCUGGGACCACGGGCCACACAGGACUAGGAGAGGCUGAGCCCUUCUGCACGGCUCCCUCAUGGGGCAAGAGCCACACACUCUGGACUGUCCCCUCUGCACGUGUUCAUCCGGCCUGGCAUGGGUUGGCUGUUUCCUAAUCUUCCAGCUCUGUCCCCUUCCAACAAUGGUUCCCAGAAUCCAGCAACUUGUAUCCCCCAGAUGUUCCCAGGGCUGUGACCUGACCAGACCUUUCCUUUCUCCUGUGUCCUCAGCCCCACUCCUUCAUUCACUUUUGUCCUGAUGUUGUCACCCCCACUUCCUGUCCACUUCCUUCUGUCUCUGUCCCCUGUCCACAGACACAGGAACCUUUCCUGUCCCCUAUCUGUGGCCCCCGUCCAUCACCUGCAGGUUGCACGCUGAGCUCUGAUGAUGGCAACCUUGCGUUUGCGCACCCCAGACCCUGGUGCAGGCCAUUUGUAGCCUGAAGGACUUGAUUCUCUGCAAAGUCGCAAUGGCUUUGAGUAUUGGAGUAGACAGAUGGGCUUCCCACUGUGUUUGCUGACGAUAUAAAAAAUAAGGGAAAAUGUGACCACUAAGGAAUGCGUCAAACCCAGCUCAAAUUCUAAGAGGUCAAAGAGGAACAUUACAGAGAUGGGACUCUGAAGUUUGUCCCACGCACAAUCACAUUUCUUGAUGAUUUGUCCUCUGGUACCAGUGAAACAUUUUUGGUUUAGUCCAUGAUUUAUGCAGCAAUAGAAUUCAGCUUUCUGUAGAACAGAUCAACAGGAUCCCAUUUGACUCUCUUUUGCCAUAGGACCCCCAGCCCCCCAGCUAUCUGCUACAGGCUGUGAUGCCUCAGAAUUAUGUAAAGGCAUAAAAUAAAACC